AUGAAGAGAACGCUAGCCCUCGCAUUGGCAUAUGCUAUUCCUACUGCUAUUAAAGCUAUUGAAAAUCCCAACGCAAGCUGUCAUGUCCCCUCCAUCAUUCUUCCCUCCGACAUUGAACCAACCUCGCAUGGGCAGAAAGUAGUCAUUGCACAUCGCGGGGCAAGCGCUCACCUGCCCGAACAUUCCUUGGAGGGAUAUCGAUUGGCCUUGGAGAUGGGUGCCGACUACGUGGAACCGGAUCUUGUGGCGACCAAAGAUGGCCAGUUGAUUGCCAUUCAUUCCAUGGAUUUGAGCAUCACUACGGAUGUGGACGAAAAGUUUCCCGACCGGCAAACCUUUUCGAAAUACAUGAAUCAAACAGGUUACUGGUCCUAUGAAUUUACGCUCGAAGAAAUGCUGACACUGCGAAUCAAACAAAGGUUGCCCGAGGCGAGAACUCAGCGCUUUGAUGGCAUGUUACAAAUACCAACAUUGACACAAAUCCUUGAAUUGGUACAUGAAUGGAAUACUGUCAUUGCUAUCAAGCGAGUGAAAAGAACUCAUGCUCAAUCAGCAGUUCGAGGUGUCUAUGCGGAAUUGAAAGACUUUCCAUGGCUAUUGGACGACACAGGGCACGAUUUGGUGGAUUUGCUAUUCCAACAUAUUGAUGACAAUGAUGCAUUGUGGCAAAAGUCUAUAAUUGACAAUCAUUGCUAUACCAAGCGACUGACAGCUCACGAGUACCGGCUGCCACCAUUGGUUAUACAAUCCUUUGAAGGCGAUGCACUCAAGUACUUUGUGAAUACAUGGAAUGAAAAGUUCAAUAAAAACGAAACCAUACCAUUAUUGCCACCACCACCUACCGUUCUGCUUGUCAACUCUGAUGAGUGUCUGGCGGAUAGCUUUUGGUUCCGAGUGGAGGAACGAUACCGAAAUAUCUUGUCAGGAAUUGGUCCAGACAAAAGCUGUCUCGGAUACAGGUGGAGAGACUUUAUGCAGAGGGCCACAAAGUCCAAUCUGGCAGUGCAUCCAUGGACGGCAAGGCCGGAGCUUGAGUUCUUCUCCAAACCUUCCAAUGGGGUACUCCCGUUCGACAAUGUAUUGGAGGAAAUACAGUAUCUCUUUUGUGAAGUAGCAGUACAUGGCAUAUUCUCCGAGUCAGUGGACACAGCAGUAUUGGCGUCAGCCCUUCCAUGUCCUCCUCCAACAACAACAACAACAGGAAGCGGCAAAAGGAGCAAGGGUGGUGGUGUCUGUGAAAAUGUCUGCUCUCAGAGCAUGGCAAACUCACAGUUCUUUGUGGGCUUUUCUUCCUUUGCCAUGGGAAUCAUCAUUACCAUUUUGAUUUUGUACCUGGUCCAAGGAAUAAAGUUGCACAGCGGAGGGCGGGAGCGAGUUCCGACCGAAGAGGUGAAUGACAAUAUACUCGACAACAAGGCACACGUCGAUGACGAUUCGGCAUUUUCCGACAAAGAAAUGGAAAUGCUCUGA